AUGGUCACGACGACAAAGACCAUCACAAACGAGGCCGAGGCCGCAGGGAUGGCUACACCGGCAACGGCAGAACAAAUCAGGGUCGAGGCUCCUGGUCAAAGUCUGGAGGGCGGCGAGAUGGAGGUCGUGGACAUGCCCGAUCUUUGCGCCUCCUUCAUGUCUGCUCCCGUGCGGCUCAAUCCCGCGUUUGAAGAGGUGAAGCGUGAGGCGGACCAGUGGAUUUCCGACCUCAUGGUGGGAACAGACCCGAAGUGGCCGGCCAUGAACAAGAAGGCCAACCUGGCGCUGCUGUCGGCGCUGUGGGACGCCGACUGCAACCCGUACGCGCUGCGCACCAUCAACGACUUCGCGUCGUGCAUCUUUGCCUUUGACGACCAGUUCGACGAGGGGCCCCUGGCCACGGACCUGGACGCGGCCCUGGACGAGAUCGCAAAGACGCGCGCCAUCCUAGACGACCAGGGGCCGCGCUACUCACCAGAAUACUACCCGAUCCGCUACGUCUUCCAGACGCUCUGGGACCGCGUCAAGGGCAGCCCGGACGGCUACCUGAUCGGCAAGCAGUCGUCGGACAACUUCAGGCAGCGCUGGAAGUGGGCGCACGACGUCUACUUUGACGCCGUGGCCGAGCAGGUGCGGAUCAAGGUCGAGGGCCGCGACGCCAAGCUGGUCGAGGACGAGUUCCUGGCCGUGCGGCGGGGCACCGUCGGCACGUCCAUGAUCCUGGCGCUGCUCGAAUGGUGCGCCGGCAUCGACCUGCCGCGCGACAUUGUCGAGCACCCGUCGAUCCGCGAGGCCUUCCGCGUCGUCAGCGACCUGCUGCUCGUCGUGAACGACAUACUGUCGUACAAGAAGGACGUCCAGUACGGCGUCGACCACAACCUCAUCAUCUCGUGGAAGUCGCGCGGCUUCACGACGCAGGAGAGCAUGGACAAGGCCGGCGACAUGCUCAACGACUGCUUCCGCCGCUGGUACACGGCCCUCGCCGGGCUGCCCUGCUACGGCGAGGACACGGACCGCGACGUCUGCCGCUGCCUCGACAUCUACCGCAACGUCGCCGUCGCCUCGCUGCACUGGAGCUUCGAGACGGGCCGCUACCUGGGCAAGGAGGGCGCCGAGGUCCGGGCGACGCGGAAACUGCGCUUGCCCAAGUACAUGUCGUCGGCGGGAGGUGUCAAGAUUACGGCCUAG